AUGGGCAAGUUCCAAGGAUUAAAAUAUAUUGGAGGUGUUGAUUUAAGUUUUAUCAAAGAUAGUCAAGAAGAUGCUGUUGCUUCAUUAGUAAUUUAUGAAAACUUUUUAAGCGUAAAAUUAAAACUUCCGUACAUUGCUGGAUUUUUGGCAUUUCGAGAAGUUGAAUCUAUUCUAGAAUUGCUUAAAACACUUGAAAAAUCAAAUUCAUCUAUAUAUCCACAAGUCAUAAUCGUUGAUGGUAAUGGUACACUACAUCCAAGGGGGUUUGGUUUGGCAUCUCACCUAGGCGUUCUUGCCAACAUUCCAACAAUUGGAGUUGCCAAAAAUUUCUUACAAAUCGAUGAUGGAGAAAAUUUAACAAUGGUAAACGUAAAAAAUAUGGCAAAAGAGAAGUUGAGUAAAGGUGGUGAUACUUAUUUGCUUGAAGGAAAUUCCGGGACCAUAUGGGGUGCUGCACUUAGGAGUCUAGAUUCUACUACAAACCCGGUGUUUGUUUCUAUUGGUCAUAGAAUAAGUCUCGAAACCGCCAUACAUUUAGUACUUAAAUGUUGCAAGUAUCGUGUACCUGAACCUACAAGACAGGCUGAUGUACGAUCACGUGAAUACAUCAGAAAUCACUUUUUUUGA